GUAGAAGGUCCUGGAGGCGGUGGUCAACAGCAGAUGAAGGGUGAUCAUUCUGCACCAGGCGGGCUGACAGCUGCUAGUGCCCGCAGUGGCGGCGGUGUUGAUGAAGAUCCUGCCGCAGCAUUUCAUCCCACGACGACCGGGGGUGUUUUUAGUACG